UUUACUGUUCGUUCCUUCCCCCAAGUGGACCUCCCGAGAAGAAAGUCCUAAAAGUCAUCCUCUCUCUCUAGCCAGUAACACAACUGUGUUCCACUUCGGCGGCCCUUUCACACCACCCCUUCCUCAGAAGCUUCCCCCCACCGUCCCCCCCCCUCAAAAAAAAAAAAACCCUUUUCCCUGUUAAACCAACAUUUUCCUUCUCCCCUUCCCUUUUUUUUCUCUUCCCUUUUUCUCCAUCUCUCUAUCUCUCUCUCUCUCUUAUCCACGAUCUCGAUCACAAUCGCCCGAGUUCCGAUUCAAUUCUGCUUGGUCGAUCACCAGUUCCAGUUCUCGAUCGAGCUCUCAACUGAUGUUUCAGCUCAAUUCCUGAGAUCGGAGCUGAACAGAGAAGAAAUAAGAAGGUUAGGUGAGAGAGAGUGAUUUCAUGGCGGACUCUCGGCGGUACGGGCUCGGCACUCAAUUAGAUAUUGAGCAAAUACUCAUGGAGGCCCAGCAUCGAUGGCUCCGACCUGCUGAAAUUUGUGAAAUUCUUCGAAAUUACAAUAAGUUUCGUAUUGCUCCAGAGCCUGCAAAUAUGCCUCCAAGUGGUUCACUUUUUCUUUUUGAUCGGAAGGUGUUGAGAUACUUUAGAAAAGAUGGCCAUAACUGGAGGAAGAAAAAAGAUGGAAAGACAGUUAAGGAAGCUCAUGAGAGGCUUAAGGCUGGAAGUAUUGAUGUGUUGCAUUGUUACUAUGCACAUGGAGAAGAAAACGAAAAUUUCCAAAGGCGCAGCUAUUGGUUGCUUGAAGAGGAGCUCUCGCACAUUGUUCUUGUCCACUACCGGGAAGUGAAGGGACAUAGGGCAAACUAUAACCGCAUUAAAGAGGCUGAAGAAGCUAUUCCCAAUUCCCAAGAAAGUGAAGAAGUUGUGUCAACUUCCGAGGUGUAUAGUUCUGUAUCCUCUAAAUUUAAUCCACAUAGCUACCAAGUAGCGUCACAGAAUACCGAUACUAGCCUGAACAGUCCUCAGGUGUCAGAGUAUGAAGAUGCAGAGUCAGCAUAUAAUCACCAAGUAAGUUCAGGAUUACACUCAUUUCUCGACUUGCAACCACGUGGAAUGGAAAAGAUAGAGGAUGGACCGUCUGUGCCAUACUACCCAGUGCCUUUGUCAAAUGAUUAUCAAGGAAAGUUGCCUGCUAUUUCUGGCAUGGAUUUUGGCCCACUCGUUAAAGGUGAUAAGGGUAAAAACAGUGUUAAUGCUGCUUUAACAUACCCUAGCCAGAAACACCUUGACUUGUCAUCAUGGGAGGAUGUCUUUGAAAACAGUAGCGCUGGAUUGGAAUCUGUUCCGUUUCAGCCGUCACUCUCCUCUCACCGGCACGAGUUGCACGACACUAUGAGUUUUAAUCCUGGAGACGGAAAUGAGCUACUAGGGGCAUUUUUUGCGGAUGGCUUUGUUAAACAGGUGGAGGUUAGAAGUUACCCACAUCUCCAAGAUGAGUGGCAGCCCACAUGUGCAGAAGAUGGAAGUGUGCUGAAAUCGGAAUUAGAGUGCAAUUCAAUAGUAGAGGGAAAAGCUGAACCUUCUCCUUUGAAACAGCCUCAUCUUGAUGGCGUUCGAAAACAAGAGCUAAAGAAGCUUGAUAGUUUUGACAAAUGGAUGAGCAAAGAAUUAGGAGAUGUAAAUGAAUCACAUGUGCAGUCCAGCUCUGGGACCUACUGGGAAACUGUUGAAGCUGAGGAUGGAGUAGAUGAUUCCAGCAUUUCCCCCCCGGAAGACUCAGACCCCUAUAUGCUGGGUCCCUCUCUGUCGCUGGAUCAGCUCUUUAGCAUUAUUGAUUUCUCACCAAACUGGGCAUAUGCAGGCUCGGAAAUAAAGGUCUUGAUUACCGGAAGAUUUCUGAUGAGUCAGCAUGAUGUGGAGAACUGUAAGUGGUCAUGCAUGUUUGGAGAAGUAGAAGUUCCAGUUGAGAUAAUAGGAGAUGGUGUGCUUCGUUGCCAUACUCCAUUACACAAGGCUGGGAGGGUACCCUUCUACGUAACAUGUUCCAAUAGGUUAGCUUGUAGUGAAGUGCGAGAAUUUGAGUACCGAGUUAAUAACAAUAUUCAAGAUGUGGAUAUUUUGGAUAUAUAUUGUGGCAGUACGAAUGAAAUUCUUCUUCGUAUGCGAUUUGGGAAGUUGUUAUCCCUGGAAUCAGUGAGUCCCCCAAGUUAUACUGUUGAGAAUUCUGAUCUGAGUAGUAAAAUCAGUUCUCUACUAAAAGAGGACAGCAAUGAGUGGGAGCAAAUGUUGAUUCUUACUUCAGAACAAGAAUUCUCCGCAGAGAAAGUAAAGGAGAAGAUGCUACAAAAGCUGUUGAAGGAGAAGCUACAUGUAUGGCUCCUUCAAAAGGUUGCUGAAGGAGGAAAAGGCCCAAGUGUAUUGGAUGAGGAGGGCCAAGGUGUGCUACAUUUUGCGGCAGCACUUGGUUACGAUUGGGCUAUACCUCCCACACUAGCUUGUGGUGUUAGUGUCAACUUCCGUGAUGUGAAUGGGUGGACAGCACUCCAUUGGGCAGCAUCAUGUGGCAGGGAAAGAACAGUUGGUUUCCUUAUGUCCCUUGGUGCAGCUGCUGGUGCAUUGACAGAUCCUAAUCCCAUGCACCCCUCUGGACAAACAGCAGCAGAUCUAGCUUCCAGCAAAGGGCACAAAGGGAUUGCUGGUUAUCUGGCAGAAUCUGCCUUGAGCUCUCACCUUACAACACUUCAGUUGAAAGAUAACAGAGAGGGUGAUGCCGUUGAUAUUUCUGGCAUAAAAGCUGUACAAACAGUUUCAGAACGAGCGGCUACUCCAACCAGUGGUGGGGACAUGGCACAUGGGUCACUGAAGGAUUCAUUAGCUGCUGUUGUUAAUGCUGCUCAAGCUGCUGCUCGCAUUCAUCAAGUCUUCAGAGUACAGUCAUUCCAAAGAAAGCAGCUCAAGGAGUACGAUGAAGAUAAAUUAGGAAUGUCAGAUGAGCGAGCUCUUUCACUUGUUGCUCUCAGGACUAGCAGGCUGGGACAUGAUGAGCCUGUGCAUGCUGCCGCAACACGGAUACAAAAUAAAUUCCGGAGUUACAAGGGAAGGAAAGACUUUUUAACACUACGGCAGCAAGUUGUGAAAAUUCAGGCACAUGUGAGAGGACACCAGGUGAGGAAGAGUUAUAGGAAGAUAACCUGGUCUGUUGGAAUUGUAGAGAAGGUGAUUUUGCGAUGGAGACGGAAAGGGAGUGGUUUAAGGGGAUUUAAACAAGAAGCACUUUCUCAGGGAUCUAGCAAGCAAGAUACAUCCUCGACUGAGGAUGACUAUGAUUUCCUGAAAGAAGGCAGAAAGCAAACAGAAGAACGGUUGCAAAAAGCCCUUGCCAGGGUGAAGUCCAUGGUUCAGUAUCCAGAAGCAAGGGAUCAAUACUGUAGGCUGCUAAAUGUUGUCACCGAGAUCCAGGGAACUAAGGAUGUGAACGAUAAGGUUUUAAUCAGUACAGAAGAUGCGGCAGAUUUAGAUAACGAUCUGAUUGAUCUUGAAGCACUGUUGAAUGACGAUACCUACAUGCCUACAGUAUCCUGACCUAAUCUCAAUCUUUCUGCCGCUUGUAAAAUUGUGGUUUGCAUCCGCCUCUAUUGACUUCUAGACUUUUGACAGUAGAUUAAGCUGAUAUUAAUUUGUAAAUCUUUAUGAACUCUAUAAUCUGACCUCCCUUGUAUUUCUGGAGUGGGUAGGAGUUAUAGCAGACACAGUUGAUGUGCUGGUGUUGGAUUUGCGCCUGUAAACUUAUAAUUCGUUAUAAACGUGUGCACCGCUUGAUAAUAGUUAUGCUAGUAGUAAAGUGUAUGAACAGUUGAUCAAAA